CUCUGCUCUUUUUAAGUUCAGACACGGGCUGGUCCUCGGAGUGACGUCACCCUCCAAAGAGACGCCUGGCACCGGAGCGCGCGGGCAGCAUUACGCGCGGAGCUCUGACGCCGCCACAAGCCGCUCUGGCGUCCACGAUGCAUCCGGAACUUCUCCGCCGCAUCGGGACUUUACGCAAGUCUUGCGCUUUUUUUUUUUGAGCCGCAUUACGCGCGGUUAGACCUGGUCCGGCUUGGAGGAGACUAGGAGGACCCGCGCACCAACAUGACGCGCCGGGGAACAUUUGAGCCACGAUGGAUGCCGGUGAGCUAAACGCCUUGUUGGAGAAUGUCUCCCGGGACUCGAACAUCACGGACGCGCCGCCUCUGCCGCCUCUGCCGCCUUUGCCGCCUCUGCCGCACUCGGCGCCGGCGGCGGUGCUCAUCAUCCUGGUCGUGGCCGCCGUCAUCUCCGUCACCAUCGUGGGGAACGUGUUGGUGAUCGUGGCGGUGCUGACCAGCCGAGCCUUGCGCGCGCCGCAGAACCUCUUCCUGGUGUCCCUGGCCUCGGCGGACAUCCUGGUGGCCACGCUGGUCAUCCCCUUCUCGCUGGUCAACGAGGUGAUGGGCUACUGGUACUUCGGCAGCACCUGGUGCGCCUUCUACCUGGCGCUGGACGUGCUGUUCUGCACCUCCUCCAUCGUGCACCUGUGCGCCAUCAGCCUGGACCGCUACUGGUCCGUGACCAAGGCGGUGAGCUACAACCUGAAGAGGACGCCCCGGCGCAUCAAGUCCAUGAUCGCGGUGGUGUGGCUGAUCUCGGCGGUCAUCUCCUUCCCGCCUCUCCUCAUGACCAAGCACGACGAGCGGGAGUGUCUCCUCAACGACGAGACCUGGUACAUCCUCUCCUCCUGCCUGGUGUCCUUCUUCGCCCCGGGCCUGAUCAUGAUCCUGGUCUACUGCAAGAUCUACAAGGUGGCCAAGCAGCGCUCGUCCACGGUCUUCGUGGCCAAGAACGGCCUGGAGAGGCAGCCCUCCCAGUCCGAGACCUGCUUCGUCCGCCAGGACCGCUUCGAGACGGAGAGUCCCAGCAGCCAGAGCUCCGGCGGCCACCCGCGGAGACGCGGCGAGCUGGACGACAUCGACCUGGAGGAGAGCUGCUGCGCGGCGGACACCAAAGCCCGCGGCCAUCGCCUCGGCCGGCGCGGGAAAGCGGAGAACUCCCGCGUGUCUUGGGCGUCUUCCCGCGCGUACCCGGAGCUCCAGAAGCAGGCGGCGCGCCAGCACGUCGACAAGACCAAAGUGGCGCAGAUGCGAGAGAAGCGCUUCACUUUCGUCCUGGCGGUGGUGAUGGGGGUCUUCGUGCUGUGCUGGUUCCCCUUCUUCUUCACCUACAGCCUGCACGCCGUCUGCCGGGACAGCUGCUACAUCCCCGGCGCGCUCUUCAACGUCUUCUUCUGGAUCGGCUACUGCAACAGCUCCGUCAACCCCAUCAUCUACACCAUCUUCAACAGGGAUUUCAGAAAAGCCUUCAAGAAAAUCGUCUGGCCGACCUCCGGGCGCACAUGAAGCACCCAGCUUCUUUCUUUUUCAAUGGGAGGAAUUAAGGGGAGAUUAUUAGAACUCGACCUGGAGCUGCUUAUUUCUAAAGUGACUUUAGGAACAAUGCACGUUGUGUGCAGAUCAGAAUGGAAGAACAACUAAAAUAUACUUUUUAAUUACCAACUGGAAGUUGCACACACUAAACAAUGAUGGGUUAUUUUGAUAACUCAAUUUAUAAGUCGCCAUAGUUUAUUUAUAAAGCCCUUAAUGACAAGUGUCUCAAAGGGCUGCACAAGCCACACAUCCAAUCCCAAAUCAGGGCAAGAAAAAACUCUACACAAUGGGAGAAAAAAUGCUUGUAAAAAGAAUAUAUUAUAUAGAAAAAAACAACAAAAAAAACAUUUUAAUUACCAUCUGGAACUUGCACACACUAAACAAUGCUGGGUUAUGUUGAUAACUCAAUUUAUGAGUCGCCAUUGUUGGGUUCAAGCAAUCACAGUUUAUUUAUAAAGCCCUUAAUAACAAGUGUCUCAAAGGGCUGCACAAGCCACACAUCCAAUCCCAAAUCAGGGCAAGGAAAAACUCUACUCAAUGGGAGAAAAAAUGCUUGUAAAAAGAAUAUAUUAUAUAUAAAAGUUAUAAAACAAAGAACUACAGAGGCAGAAAAUAAGCACAAAAAGUAUAAAAACAGCAAACAUAUUACGAACAUGUAGGAAAUAAUAUUACAUUCAAAUAUUAGACAGGCACAAAAUCAACAUGGGGCAUCAUCAAUAGAAAUAUCAAAAAUGGCUCUAAAAGGGUUUACUUUACCCCCAAUACUUCUCAGACGGAAAAACAUAAAUAAUGACAACAUGAAAGCCUUCUAGAAAAUUGUUUGGUUAUUUCUAAUGUGACUUUCGGAACAAUGGACGUUGUGUACAGAUCAUAAUGUAAGAAAAACCAAAAAACUUUUUAUUUACCACCUGGAACUUGCACACACUAAACAAUGCUGGGUUAUUCCGAUAACUCAAUUUAUAAGUAGUGAUUGUUGGGUUCAAGCAAUCAAAGUUUAUUUAUAAAUCCCUUAAUGACAAGUGUCUCAAAGGGCUGCACAAGCCACACAUCCAAUCCCAAAUCAGGGCAAGAAAAAACUCUACACAAUGGGAGAACAAAUGCUUGUAAAAAGAACAUAUUAUAUAUAAAAUUUAUAAAACAAAGAACUGCAGAGGCAGAAAAUAAGCACAAAAAGUAUAAAAACAGCAAACAUAUUACGAACACGUAGGAAAUAAUAUUACAGUCAAAUAUUAGACAGGCACACAAUCAACAUGGGGCAUCAUCAAUAGAAAUAUUAAAACUGGCGCUAAAAGGGUUUACUUUACCCCCAAUACUUCUCAGACGGAACAACAUAAAUAAUGACAACAUGAAAGCCUUCUAGAAAAUGGUUCGGUUAUUUCUAACGUGACUUUCGGAACAAUGGACGUUGUGUACAGAUCAGAAUGUAAGAAAAACCAAAAAACUUUUUAUUUACCACCUGGAACUUGCACACACUAAACAAUGCUGGGUUAUUCCGAUAACUCAAUUUAUAAGUAGUGAUUGUUGGGUUCAAGCAAUCAAAGUUUAUUUAUAAAGCCUUAAUAACAAGUGUCUCAAAGGGCUGCACAAGCCACACAUCCAAUCCCAAAUCAGGGCAAGGAAAAACUCUACACAAUGGGAGGACAAAUGCUUGUAAAAAGAAUAUAUUAUAUAUAAAAGUUAUAAAACAAAGAACUACAGAGGCAGUAAAUAAGCACAAAAAGUAUAAAAACAGCUAACAUAUUACGAACAUGUAGGAAAUAAUAUUACAGUCAAAUAUUAGACAGGCACAAAAUCAACAUGGGGCAUCAUCAAUAGAAAUAUCAAAAAUGGCUCUAAAAGGGUUUACUUUACCCCCAAUACUUCUCAGACGGAAAAACAUAAAUAAUGACAACAUGAAAGCCUUCUAGAAAAUGGUUCGGUUAUUUCUAACGUGACUUUCGGAACAAUGGACGUUGUGUACAGAUCAUAAUGUAAAAAAAAAACAUUUUAAUCACCAACUGGAACCUGCACACACUAAAAAAUGCUGGGUUAUUUUGAUGAAACCAAUUUAUGAGUUGCAAGUGUUGGCUUCAAUGAAUAAAUAAAAGUUUACUUAUAUAGACCUCAAUCACAAGUGUCUCAAAGGACUGCACAUGCCACAAAGACACCAGGGCAAGGAAAAACUCAACCAAAUGGGCAAGACAUUAAAAAAUGCUUGAAAAAAGAAUAUAUUAUAUAGAAAAGUUGUAAAACAAAAGACUACAGAGGCAGUAAAUAAGCACAAAAAGUAUAAAAACAGCUAACAUAUUACGAACAUGUAGGAAAUAAUAUUACAGUCAAAUAUUAGACAGGCACAAAAUCAACAUGGGGCAUCGUCAAUAGAAAUAUCAAAAAUGGCUCUAAAAGGGUUUACUUUACCCCCAAUACUUCUCAGACGGAAAAACAUAAAUAAUGACAACAUGAAAGCCUUCUAGAAAAUCAUUUGGUUAUUUCUAAUGUGACUUUCGGAACAAUGGACGUUGUGUACAGAUCAUAAUGUAAGAAACAACAUUUUAAUUACCUACUGGAACAUGCACACACUAAAAAAUGCUGGGUUAUUUUGAUAACUCAAUUAAUGAGUCGCCAUUGUUGGGUUCAAGCAAUCAAAGUUUAUUUAUAAAGCCCUUAAUAACAAGUGUCUCAAAGGGCUGCACAAGCCACACAUCCAAUCCCAAAUCAGGGCAAGAGAAAACUCUACACAAUGGGAGAACAAAUGCUUGUAAAAAGAACAUAUUAUAUAUAAAAUUUAUAAAACAAAGAACUGCAGAGGCAGAAAAUAAGCACAAAAAGUAUAAAAACAGCUAACAUAUUACGAACAUGUAGGAAAUAAUAUUACAGUCAAAUAUUAGACAGGCACACAAUCAACAUGGGGCAUCAUCAAUAGAAAUAUUAAAACUGGCACUAAAAGGGUUUACUUUACCCCCAAUACUUCUCAGAUGGAAAAACAUAAAUAAUGACAACAUGAAAGCCUUCUAGAAAAUUGUUUGGUUAUUUCUAAUGUGACUUUCGGAACAAUGGACGUUGUGUACAGAUCAUAAUGUAAGAAACAACAUUUUAAUCACCAACUGGAACAUGCACACACUAAAAAAUGCUGGGUUAUUUUGAUGAAACCAAUUUAUGAGUUGCAAGUGUUGGCUUCAAUCAAUGAAUAAAAGUUGACUUAUAUAGACCUCAAUCACAAGUGUCUCAAAGGACUGCACAUGCCACAAAGACAUCAGGGCAAGGAAAAACUCAACCCAAUGCUCGAGACAUUAAAACAUACUUGUAAAAAGAAUAUAUUAUAUAGAAAAUAUAUUAUGUAGAAAAGUUCUAAAACAAAGAACUACAGAGGCAGAAAAUAAGCACAAAAAGUAUAAAACAAGCUAACAUGUAGAAAAUAAUAUUAAAGUCAAUUGUUUGACAGGAACAGCAUUUCUUAAUCAAACCUUGAUUAUUAGACAGGAACAAAAUGAAUAUGGGAGCAACAUGGGGCGUCAUCACUAGCAUUAUUAAAAUGGCAAUAAGAGGAAUUACCCCAAAUACUAAUAAAACGGAAACAUAAAUAAUGACAAGAUGAAAGCCUUCAAGACAAUAGUUUGUCUGACCUCCAGGCGCUCAUAAACAACAACUGGGGAGGCCGAUCUGCUUCCCCUCGGCUUUCUAUUUCUAUGGAAGGAAUUAGGGGGAUUUUAUUCAACACGGCCUAGAGCGGAUUAUUUCUAAUGUGACUUUCGGAACAAUGCAAGUUGUGUACGGAUCAUGACGUAAUAAAAAACAAAAAAACAUUUUAAUUACCAUCUGGAACAUGCACGCACUAAAAAAUGCUGGGUUACUUUGAUAACUCAAUUUAUAAAUUCCGAGUGUUCAAUCAAUCAAUCUAUCAAAGUGUAUUUAUAUAAUCCUUAAUCACAAGUGUCUCAAAGGGCUGCACAAGCCAAAAAGACAUCCUCGGCUCCGAUCCUACAUCAGGCCAAGGAAAAACUCCACCCAAAUGCUUGUAAAAAGAAUAUAUUAUCUAGAAAAGUUGUAAAACAAAGAAGUACAGAGGCAGAAAAUAAGCACAACAAGUUUAAAACAAGCUAACGAGCAUUUAUUACCAACAUAACAUUACAGUCAAUUAUUAGGCAGGAACAAAAUCAAUACGAAAGCAACAUGGGGCAUCAUCAAUAACCUUAUUAAAAAUGGCACUAAUAGGGAUUAUCCCCCAAUACUUCUCAGACGGAAACAUAAAUAAUGACAACAUGAAGGAGGUAGUUGAAGGCUUCAAGAAUUACUUUGUUAACCCUCCUGUCAUUUUCAUAUUGUUGUUACUCAGCCAGCGUUUGUGGGUCUGAACAUGUUGACCUUAUCCCAAUAAACAUCUGUUCAGUAUUUUAACAUAAAAGUGUUUGAUUAUGAGGCAUUAAAAGCCACAAAAUGCAACGGGUCCACCAGACCCACAAACGCCGGUUGAGUAACAACAAUAUGAACAAUGCACGGAAAAUUUCCCCGCCAGUUUCUGCAUCCCACACGGAUUCUUCUUUUGUGUUUCUGCACCUGCGGUUCCCACACAAGGUUGCAAUAUUGUUUGUCAACACGGUCUGCUCUCAUUUUCUCGCACAUUUGACCCUCUGAUGUUCUGUGUACCUACACUUUGUCCUCCUCCUGUCUAGGCCUGCUGUGUGUGUGUGUGUUUGUGUGCGUGUGCGUGUGUGUGUGUGUGUGUGUGUGUGUGUGUGUGUGUGUGUGUGUGUGUGUGUGUGUGUGUGCGUGUGCGUGUGCGUGUGUGUGUGUGUGUGUGUGUGUGUGUGUGUGUGUGUGCGUGUGUGUGUGUGUGUGUGUGUGUGUGGUACACAGGACAUCGAUUCCCACACUUCUAUUAGCCCCGAACUUCUUAUAUGUAAUAUAAAUAUGUAGGGGGGUGUAUGGUGUGUGGUCAUUAAAUAUGUAUUCUGAUAUUUUCUUCAUAGAAAAAUGUGAAAAAUUAAUUUAUUUUAGAAUUUUUCUUUUAUUCAAAAAUUGAAAUGGGUCCCACAAACCCGAACACCAUACAAUUCAACCCAGAAUUGGGUUUAAUUAUGGAGUUAUUUUUAUGGAGAGCAAUCCAUUUUUUUGCGUUGUAAGGCUAUUAUUUCAACUCAGUUUCUGGGUUUUCAAAACCAUGAACCAUUUAUGGGUUGUUUCUCAAUAAGUAAUGCAUUUUUGGGUAAAAGGCUUUUUUUUUUUAAUUAAAAAGUAACUUUAUUAUUAUUAUCAUUAUCAUUAUUAUUAUUAUUAUUUAUUUACAAUCACACAACUUAUGUACAUGAAAAUAUACGAGCAUGCUGUAUAGGACUACGAUGACCAUACACCGUAAUUCUUGUAAAAAAAAAAUGUCACUUAUAUCUUGCUUUUAGGUCUAUUUUCAAUGGAAUAACAAUUAUUUUGAUCAGUAUUUGGGAAGGAGUAAGACAAACCAGCAGGAAAAUGUAGAUUUUUUACCCAACUGUUGGAUGAAGGGGCACUAAAUUGCGCAACCCAACUGUUGGGUUUGGUAUAACCCAACACUGUAGUGAACAUAACUCAGCUUUUGUGUUAAAUAAUUUCAACCCAAUAGUUGGGUUAUGAAUCAACCAACAUUGAGUUAGCAUAGCUCACCUUUUUGGGUUAAAUAAUUCAGCCCAAUAGUUUGGUCGGGAAUAACCCAACAUUAAGUUAUCCUAAAUCAUCUUCUGGGUUAAAUAAUUCAACCCAAUAGUGUGGUUGGGAAUAACCCAACAUUAAGUUAUCAUAAAUCAACCUUUGGGUUAAAAAUUUCAACCCAAUACUUUGGUUGGGUACAACCCAACUUUAGGUUAUCAUAAAUCAACCUUUGGGUAAAAUAAUUCAACCCAAUAGUUUGGUUGGUAUUAACCCAACAUUAUGUUAUCAUAAAUCAACUUUUGGGUUAAAUAAUUCAAUGCAAUAGUUUGGUUGGGAAUAACCCAACAUUAAGUUAUCAUAAAUAAACUUUUGGGUUAAAUAAUUUAACCCAAUAGUUUUGUUGGGAAUAACCCAACAUUAAGUUAUCAUAAAUCAACCUUUGGGUUAAAAAUUUCAACCCAAUACUUUGGUUGGUAUUAACCCAACUUUAGGUUAUCAUAAAUUAACUUUUGGGUUAAAUAAUUCAACCCAAUAGUUUGGUUGGUAUUAACCCAACAUUAUGUUAUCAUAAAUCAACUUUAGGGUUAAAUAAUUCAAUGCAAUAGUUUGGUUGGGAAUAACCCAACAUUAAGUUAUCAUAAAUAAACUUUUGGGUUAAAUAAUUAAACAUAAUAGUUUGGUUGGGAAUAACCCAACAUUAAGUUAUCAUAAAUGAACCUUUGAGUAAAAUAUUCAACGCAAUAGUUUGGUUGGGUAUAACCCAACAUUAAAUUAUCAUGAUUUAACUUUUGGGUUAAAUAAUUCAACAUAAUAGUUUGGUUGGGAAUAACCCAACAUUAAAUUAUCAUAAAUCAACUUCUGGGCUAAAUAAUUCAACCCAAUAGUUUGGUUGGGAAUAACCCAAUAUUUAGUUAACAUAAAUCAACUUUCGGGUUAAAUAAUUCAACACAAUAGUUUGGUUGGGAAUAACCCAACAUUAAGUUAUCAUAAAUCAACCUUUGGGUAAAAUAUUCAACGCAACAGUUUGGUUGGGUAUAACCCAACAUUAAAUUAUCAUAACUUAACUUUUGGGUUAAAUAAUUCAACGCAAUAGUUUGGUUGGGAAUAACCCAACAUUGAGUUAUCAUAAAUCAACUUUUGGGUUAAAUGAUUCGACGCAAUGGUUUGGUUGGGAAUAACCCAACAUUAAAUUAUCAUAAAUCAUUUUCUGGGUUAAGUAAUUCAGCCCAAUAGUUGGUUUGGGAGUAACCCAACAUUAAGUUAUCAUAAAUCAACCUUUGGGUUAAAAAAUUCAACCCAAUACUUUGGUUGAGAACAACCCAACUUUAGGUUAUUAUAAAUUAACUUUUGGGUUAAAUAAUUCAACCCAAUAGUUUGGUUGGGAAUAACCCAACAUUGAGUUAUCAUAAAUAUAGUUUUGGGUUAAAUAAUUUAACCCAAUAAUUUUGUUAGGAAUAACCCAACAUUAAAUUAUCAUAACUUAACUUUUGGGUUAAAUAAUUCAACGCAAUAGUUUGGUUGGGAAUAACCCAACAUUGAGUUAUCAUAAAUAUAGUUUUGGGUUAAAUAAUUUAACCCAAUAGUUUUGUUGGGAAUAACCCAACAUUAAGUUAUCAUAAAUCAACUUUUGGGUUAAAUGAUUCGACGCAAUGGUUUGGUUGGGAAUAACCCAACAUUAAAUUAUCAUAAAUCAUUUUCUGGGUUAAGUAAUUCAGCCCAAUAGUUGGUUUGGGAGUAACCCAACAUUAAGUUAUCAUAAAUCAACCUUUGGGUUAAAAAAUUCAACCCAAUACUUUGGUUGAGAACAACCCAACUUUAGGUUAUUAUAAAUUAACUUUUGGGUUAAAUAAUUCAACCCAAUAGUUUGGUUGGGAAUAACCCAACAUUGAGUUAUCAUAAAUAUAGUUUUGGGUUAAAUAAUUUAACCCAAUAAUUUUGUUAGGAAUAACCCAACAUUAAGUUAUCACAAAUCAACUUUCUGGUUUAAUAAUUCAGCCUAAUAGUUUGGUUGGGAAUAACCCAACAUUAAGUUAUCAUAAAUCAAAAUUUGGGUUAAAUGUUUCAACCCAAUAGUUUGGUUAGGAAUAACCCAACAUCGAGUUAUCAUAACUAUAGUUUUGGGUUAAAUGUUUCAACCCAAUUGUUUGGUUGGGAAUAACCCAACAUUAAGUUAUCAUAAAUCAACUUUUUGGUUAAAUAAUUCAACGCAAAAGUUUGGUUGAAAAAAAUCAACCCAAAAUGUCGAGUCAAAAUAACUCAAGUAAGGGGUUCGUCCUUUUCUGAACUAGCGGUUGGGUUAAAAUUGGGUUAUUUUUUAACCCAACAUUUUUUAGUGUGUGUGUUCAGUAAUAAAAAAUGUAACUCAGAGAUGAAUCUGUGAACCUUAAAUAAAGGAAUUAUUGAUACAGCAGAAUUAGACAUAAAAUUAAAUGCAGUAUAUCCAGUAUUUUGUGAAAAAAAAAAAAAAAUCGCUUAAAUGUGCAUAUGAAACAUGGCAGGCCAGUCACAA